AUGUAUGCCGAUGACCUGUCCCUUCUUCAGCCAAUCUGCUCUGACAGCUCCUACCAAGCCCUUCAGGACGACCUCGACCAGUGCUUUCACCGAUCGGCCGAAAACAAAUUACCUUUUAACUACUCUAAAAGUGUUGCCAUGACAUUCGCUAUCUCUUUCAAAACUUCAAAAACUACAAGCCAAGUCUCAAACUUAACCCUGGGUGGCUCACUACUAAAGCAUGUGCCUUCCACAACCCUCCUUGUUGUCGUCCUGGACAGCCGCCUCAACUUAGCCCCCCAGGUCCACAGCGCCACAUCGAAAGCAAGACGCAUGCUGGGCUUUGUCACUCGAGUCGCACGAGGGAUGACACCUAACACCUUCCGCCAUCUUUACACUGCGCUGGUGCUGCCCCACCUAGAGUAUUGCUCUGCGGUGUGGUACACCCAGCAAACAUAUCUCCACACCACACUACAAGGCGUGCAACGGCGUGCAGCCUACACAUACUAUCGCCGCAGUGUUUCCCCGCCGUCAGUCCCACUCCCCUACAGAGAAGUACCCUCUAGUGACCUCCGAAAGACUGCUGCCUGGAGGAGCCUGCACCAGCGACAGCAAGUAGCAUCUGUCCGGCUGUCCUGCCGGAUCAUGGGACCAAACCAACAGGAACUUUAUGAUGCCCCCAGAGUGAACAGAAGAACAGGUAGACUCCAGCCCGUGAUGUCCCGAACAUUACGGCAUGGGGAGUCCUGCCUGCUGAGGGCAGCUAAGCUUUGGAGGGGGCUGCCCCCAAACCUCACCGAACACAUUCCCUUUGAUCCCCAAGAGGCGAAACAAGUAGCUCAGCCGCUCUUCCGUGACCCCUUCUAA